CUGCCGCCGUUGUCAUGGAAAUGCUGGUUGACAUGCUUCUGUUUCAGAUGCCAAAUUGAAUUGAAAAAACGAAGCUCGCCAUGUACUUUGAACACCAAAAAUAUUCUCGAAAUCCGCAGCGCAACAGAACGCCAGAUCGCCAGUUAGAUCAACCGUGCGUACGCAACCAAAAGCUGACUGCUUGUAACACUUCCGACAGGCAGAUAUGGUUGAAGGAGGAACGGCAGAACACUCGGCUGCUGGACGAAGCCAAUCAUCGGACCGUGAACACGGCAAAGCUAAGGCAACAGUUGCGCGAAUCCAGCCAGGAUCUACGCGAGUUAGAAUCGAAGCUGCGUGCAGCAUACGUUGCGAAAGGAAUCGCAGCGCAGCUGGCUGAAAUUGCUUUGAACAAGCAAUGCGAGCACCUGAAAAACAUCGAGGAGCAGGAGGAGCUCGCAAAGCUUCAGCAAAAGAAUACCAUCUACAUGCAGUCACUGCUGGAGAAGCAGACAAAGGACAAGGUGCAGCUGCGGGCGGUCCUGCUGAACCAGAUAAGCGAAGCGCGCCACACCAAGCAGUGCCUAUAUCAGGAAUUUUUGCGCGAAAAGAACAGCCUGGAUGUGGUGGUGAAAAAAAUGCAAGAAGAGGAGGUGGAGGCGAUACAGCGCAAACUGGAACUGCGGAAGUGCACGCGCCGCGAGAUGGAGUACUUUCAGGAGGCCAAAGAGCAGUGGCGCACACGCCAGCGGUUGCUGGACGAGGAGGAAAACGAACGGAUCCGCCUGUACUGCGAGAAGAAGGCACGUUUAUCAUUGCAGGCGAAGCAGCACGAGCAGGAGCUGAGUCUAAAGCGCGAGGAGCAGAACGAACGGAUGAUAGGAGAGCUGGAACACGAAGAGGAUGAAAAACGGAAGCGUGAGCAGUUGCUGCAGGAGCUGUACAUGGUCGAGCAGAACGAUCGGGAGGAACUGAAGCGGCAGCGCCUGCUGGAGGAAACGCUGCGGAAACGGUUCGAGUUGCGCCUUAGCCUGGAGCGCCAGCGUAUCGAAGUGUCCUGUCAGCGCCAGCGAGAAGAAGAAGAAGCGAAGCGGUUCCAGGAGGAGCAGAUCAAGGCGUGGGCGGAACGUGACCGUAUUGAGCAGCUGUCGAACGAGAAACGUCGUCGCAAGAUGAUCGAGUACAAAAGGGAGGUGCAGGAGCUGCUCGAGGAACGGCGGAGACAACGAAGGGAUGACGUUAACCAAGCGUUAUGGCAGGAGGAACAGCUGCAAAAGGAAGAAAAACACAGACAGGAGAUCCUGGAGGAGGAGCGUAUUAAGCUGUUAAAAGAGCAUGUGGUUGCCCUCGUCGGUUUCCUACCACCCGGCAUCCUGCGCGAGGCUGAUCGCGAAUUCAUACCGCUGCCGAAGUGUUAAGUGAUUCAAGAUGUCUUUAUUUUAAUACAUUGGCGAAAAAUGUACCGUAGCCAUGGAAAAUUAGCAAUACAGCAGAUCAGCCCCCGGG